UUACUUGCGAACGUACGUUAACUGUAUCAUCCUCACAACAAAAGGAAUUGUACGGUUUGAAAUAAUCACUAAUUGGCAAUGAUUCAAUAAUCUAUUUUUACCAGAAAACUUAGUUUGUCGUUUCCGAUGCGCAGAAUUAUACACGAACAAAAAAAAAUUGUUUGAUCGAUACUUAAUCGUGAGUGGUAUUGGAGUUUCGCGCUAGUUGUUCAAAGAUACCUAGUUCAAAAAUGUGGAGAGAACGUGUUUACAAUGGUACAUUAAGGCCAAAGAACACGAGUGUCAUCACGGGAGACUACUUGAGCGAAUUACUUGAUUGGCUUACUGCCAAUGUGAACACGAAUCACGCAACAAAACUCUCAGAUUUACACGAUGUUAAUCUCAUUUGCAAUGGAGUUUAUCUUGGAGAUAAAUAUACAGCUAAAGAUAAGAGAUUCCUCGUUAAAAAUGGUUUUACGCAUGUUUUGAAUGCAGCAGAAGGAUUUGAUUUCAUGACGCAAGUUGAUACCACCCAAGAUUUCUACAGGGAAGCUCGCAUCAAGUAUUUGGGUAUACCAGGAGAAGAUAGACCAUCAUGGAACAUAUCUGUUUAUUUUGAAUUAGCUGCUAAAUUCAUAGACAACGCAGUCAAAAAUGGAGGUAAAGUGUUUGUACACUGCGUGGUUGGAAUAUCAAGAUCUGCUACAUUAGUUCUGGCAUAUCUGAUGAUCUGCAAAAAGAUGAACGCAGCAGAAGCUUUAGAAUAUGUGUUCAAACAUAGGAGAAUAUUCCCCAAUAUUGGGUUUCUGCAUCAUUUAGCCCAACUGAAUUCAGUUCUCAGAAAGAAUUCAAUUUUGUACUGAACACUGUUUUUAUUGUAACUUUAUAUUUUAUUCGAUAGAUUGUAUUAUUUUUGUAUUUAUAUCAACACAAAUAUAUUUGCACUGAGCUGUU